AUGCCGAAUCAGGAUACAGAUGAUCUGGGAUUAGGUGACGUCUUCGAGGCCUCACCGAGUCCACCGCCUCCGGAGCCAACAAUAGCAUACUACGAUCUUGAUUCGCCGGUAGAAGGAAGCGAACGUGGUCCACGGCUGACGAUUAGACUGGUUGGAUCGCAUCCACUGUGGGGCCACUAUCUCUGGAAUUCCGGAAUCUGUCUGGCUAAAUAUCUGGAGCACAACCCGACUCUGUAUGCAGGAAGUAAUGUACUUGAACUCGGAGCCGGGGGUGGUUUGCCGGCUCUUGUCACUGCUCUACGGGGAGCGAAAAAGACCGUGAUCUCCGACUAUCCUGAUCGAGCACUAGUAGAGAAUAUCGAGGUCAAUGUUGAGCGGAAUGUGCCAGAGAAGGAGAGGAGUGAAGUAGCAGUGUUGGGCUAUGUCUGGGGCGCCGACACUACACCCUUGCUCUCUACCAUCAGUCCGUCCCGAUAUUUCGACCUCGUCCUCCUCAGCGACCUUAUAUUCAACCAUUCUCAACAUGAAGCGCUCCUGAAGAGUUGCGAGCUGCUGACCGACCCUCAUCCGCAAUCAGAUCAGCCAAGCGUCCUAGUAUUCUACACGCACCAUAGGCCCCAUUUAGCAGAGAAAGAUCUGGACUUUUUCAGAUUAGCGGAGAGCCGGGGUUGGAUAUGCGACAAGUUUUUCGUAGAGCAGAAAGAGGCCAUGUUUGCUGAUGACCCCGGCGAUGUGGUCGUUCGGUCAACUGUACACGGAUGGAAGCUCCGACGGCCAAUAUAG